GGCGGGAAUGAUAACAAACCUCCAGUGCGAAAGAGGUAUUGUUUACUGUAGUGUCUCUAGUUGUUUGAUACGAAACAAGUAAACCUUCAAAGAUAAUCAAAAGAGGAAGAAUUUAUUGGAAAAAUGAUGGCUUCUGGUGUGGGAGAUUGUGGCUCAAAAAAUGGCUCAAGUGAAGAACAUUUUGCUUUCAGCAAGCAUCCAAACCUUGAAGAUAUUCGAAAACUCCAGGCUGAAUUUUCUCAGGAGAGGAACUGGGAUCAAUAUCACCAACCUCGAAAUCUUCUUCUUGCACUAAUGGGUGAAGUUGGCGAAGUAGCAGAGUUAUUUCAGUGGCGAGAAGAAGUACGAGAAGGAUUACCAGGGUGGUCCGAGAAAGAGAGGGAGCACUUGGCACACGAGCUUAGUGACGUUCUGAUAUACCUGGUACGACUGGCCGACAAAUGUCAAGUUGACUUACCGGCAGCUACCAAAGAAAAGAUUGCUCUGAACAAGCAGAAAUACCCAGUAAGUAAAGUAUGGGGGUCGAAUAAAAAGUACACAGAAUAUACAGAAGAUGAAAUGUGAAAACGUUCGGGAACAGUAAAAAAUUUUGACAUUCAUUUAUAAUUUGUAUAUAAUAAUUAAGACUACGGAAAGACUUUCUGUUCAGCAUUUUUUUUAUUGGUGCUUGUUCUCCGAGAAAAAUUGAAUUGUGAAGUUAAUGGAAUGAGUUUGGAAGGUUUUAAUAAAGACACGAAAUUUCGAAGUUACUGAGCACAAAAAAAGCUCUUACAUUACAUUAUCUGUUAUGAACAUCAAAUUUGUUGUUUUCUCACACUUUGCGACAAGCAACUCGUGCGUAGCACAUAAAAAAACAUGAAUAAACUUUGUACUUCAAAAUUUUUUUCUUUAUAUAUGAACAUGCUUUUAAAAUGUAUGAAAAAAAAAGUAUAUAGAAUUGGCACAUGUGGAAAACUGUAUACUUAAUUGUACGCAGCUAAGCCUAUUUGGUGCAUAUAUAUUAAGCCUAACAAAAUAAUUUCUAGUAUUCAUGUUGGUAAAACGUUUUUUUUUUAAGUAUUAUUAUUUUUUUUUUCUAAGUUUGGAUACUUUAAAGUUUUAUAUGUGAAACAAACGUAAGUUUGGAGAGUAUGUGUACCUAAUCAUCACAGUUUUCUGUAGUGCCAUCUGGUGGUUAAUUGUUUACAAGGGACUUUUGUCUAUAAUGUGACUUUCAUCUUAAGACACGAUGUUUUGUUUUCACUUAUGUUUGUAUCGUUUUUGUGUAUAUUUAAGGAAUGUGUGGUGUCCUCUAGUGGCAAUAAAGUGAACUUCCCUGUUAGUGUAAUUUGUAUGGUGUUUCAGAAUUUAUCUACUCCUGCUGUCCAACAAUGAUUACUAUCAAUUUUAUCAAACUAAUGAUUACGAGUUAUGUGUCUGUUCAAAGUCUUCUGGCAACACUAGACAGACACAUGGUGUCCAUGUUCCAAACACUGAAAUUUAUUACAACGUUGUACAAAAUUAAGAAAAUGAUAUAUAAACCUCUUACUAACUUUUUGAAAACGACCAGAUUAUUGUGAAUGUUUAAAGAACAGUCAUUUCUCACCUGUAGAUGGCACUGUUAAUGACACGUACAUUAAUUAUAUUUUUACCUUGAUAUUUAAAUUUUCUAAAGGUCGUCUAAGAAUGUACUAGCUCCUGCUUAUAACAUCAAAUGUUUAAUGAUUUUUUAUUAACAAGGAACUGGCUUAAUUAUGUGGACUUUUUCUUGCUUGGUGCUGUAAUAUCGGGAGAAGCCAUUUUAUGAAGUUGUAACUUUGAAGAAACGAGAUUCUGUAUGCAGUUCUAUCGAUUAAAAUAUAAAAGUUUUAUAGAAAAACAAGAAUUAAGAUACAUUAAGUAGUUAAUGUUUAGUCAUUUUUUAUGCUGUGUUGCAUUAAUAAAUUGUAAAUAAAAUUAUCGGACUAUUCAAGUUUAGAAUUUAGAUAGAAUCAAUAAAGCAUUUAUUUGAACUUAUAUUUUAAGCAUGAGUUGGUCCUGUUGUACAACUCUGGAUUAUGGAGCCGAGUUUGAAUCCUUGUGAUACCACAAAAUAUUCCCUUCACUUUAAGCUGUGUUAUAAGACUGACAGUCAAUCCCUUAGUAUGGGUGGUAGGCUGCCUUCCUUCUGGUGGCUAUAUUUUUAUAAUUAUCAAAGUUAUUGUACAGCUAAAAUAGUGUGUUAUUCACCUAUUAUCGUGCAUUUUGUCCUGAAAUAUUUAACAACU